UACGUGUCUGCUCAGCAACGAGGCCCUGACUCGGCCUACGGGCCCCCUCAGCCACGAGGCCCUGACUCGGCCUACGGGCCCCCUCAGCCAGGCUCCGUCCCUCAGCCAGGCUUCGCCCCUCAGCCAGGCUCUGCACCACAAGAACAGGCCUACCCUGGACCAGGAGGGUACAGGGGAGAACCAGAAAACACCUGGAGAACCCAGCCUAGCCAUACUGCUGCUCCUACCCAGCAGGGCUUCCCACAACCUGUCCCUAAGAAGACCUACAUCACUGACCCUCCUGCCAGCCUGGUGCCUCCUGUACACCUCGCCCCACAGAAGGCUCCCAGCGGUGCCAGGCCUGAGGAAGAACUGGAGCGUCUCACCAAGAAGAUGCUGUAUGACAUGGACAACCCUCCGACUGAGGAGUACUUUGGGCGGUGUGCCAGCUGUGGGGAUAAUGUGGUGGGUGAGGGUACCGGCUGUACCGCCAUGGACCAGGUCUUCCACGUGGACUGCUUCAUCUGCAUGACCUGCAGUGGCAGGCUGCGCGGUAAACCCUUCUACGCCGUGGAGAAGAAGGCCUACUGCGAGCCCUGCUACAUCAACACCCUGGAGUCCUGUAACAUCUGCAGUAACCCCAUCAUGGAGCGUAUCCUGCGGGCUACAGGGAAGGCCUACCACCCACACUGCUUCACCUGUGUGGUGUGUCAACGCAGCCUGGACGGUAUCCCCUUCACUGUGGACGCUGCCAACCACAUCCACUGCAUCGACGACUUCCACAAGAAGUUUGCCCCUCGUUGCAGUGUGUGUUCUGAGCCCAUCAUGCCAGCUCCAGGCCAGGAAGAGACUGUUCGUAUCGUGGCCUUGGAUCGAGACUUCCACGUGCAGUGUUACCGCUGUGAGGACUGUGGGUCUCUGCUGUCUGAAGGGGACAACCAGGGUUGUUACCCCCUGGACACACAUGUCCUCUGUAAGAGCUGUAACACCAGCCGUAUCCAGGCCCUCACCGCCAAGGCUACCACUGACCUCUGAACCCAAGAUACCCUGCUACCCCGCCAAGGCUACCACUGACCUCUGAACCCAAGAUACCCUGCUGUUCCCGCAAUCUGCUCCCAUAGCCCUGCCUGGCUGGCUGCAGCACGCACACACGCACGCACGCACACACACACACACACACACACACACACACACACACACACACACACACACACACACACAC